AUGGAGGAGGAGCUGCCGCCAAAUAACAACAUCAUGGGUUAUGCGAUCAUCAGCCUUUGUCUAUUGAUCGCGACCGUCGCUCUUUUGCUUCGUGCUAUCUGGGUGGUAUAUCUCGCUCUUGGCUAUCAAUUAGGCCAAAACCCUGGCCUUUUUGUUCACAUGGCCGACUUGACAGAACUCCUCUCCGACGACCCCAGCUUGUUGCUACCUUUCUUCCGGACUUUGAAGCUGCUCUGUGUCAUUCUGAGUAUUUACAUGGUAUUUCUCAAAUCAGCCAUCUUGCUGGAAUGGAUCCGUAUCUUCGCAUUAGGAAGCAGACGAGGCGCGGAGUUUUGGGCUGUGUACAUGACCCUCGGGGCUAACAUAAUUUUCUACACGUGUGUUAUUAUGAUGGAGAGUACAUCUUGUACUCCAUUUGCAUACAACUGGGAUAAGCGGAUUGGGGGCCAUUGCAAUGUGUUCAACUCGCCCUUGAUUGGCAUUGUCACGUCAAGCUUCAACUUGGCUACGGACGUAGUCAUUUUCAUCAUUCCACAAAAGGUCAUUUUCAGUCUUCAAAUGUCCACUCACAAGAAAGUUGGAGUCUCGGUUGUGUUUGCGAUUGGUGUUAUUGGUAUAAUCGCGGCUGCGGUGCGAACCACAUACAUGAUCAGACUCAUGCUCGCGAUUGAAGACGAUAUGACAUACUAUUUCUCUUCCGUGUUAAUGACCUGCGCCGGCGAGGGUGCCAGUAUCAUACUGGUUAUGUGCUGUCCGAUCCUGCCGCGUGCAGUUGGAUCAUUGGCCUCAACUUUCUCGACGAUCGGUUCCUGGACCACCUCUUCGGGAGACUGGCUGAAAGGUUCAAUGAGCACCAAAGAACGAACAUCUUCAUCACAAUGCUUGCCUAGACAUGGGUGCGUAUCUACCAAAGAUACAGACUCAACUCUGCUCACAGAUGAGGUCCGAUUAGUGCCCCUUUCAGGUUUGGAGCGGAAAGCCGAAGUAGUUGGAAACUCCCCAGAUCGUUUUAAAAGAGCCAUGUAUACUAGGCAGUUUGGACAGCGUGGAAUUGUUUGUGAGACACAAGUACAGGUUGACAGUACUUACAUUGGUCAGCCCCUAGGAGGGACAAUUCAUACGACCCGUGGGUGA